CUUAACUUGAGUUUUUUUAUUCUCGUUACAAUUAUGAUGACAUCUUUUAAUUAGUAUAAAACCACUAGUUUGAUCAUCUCAGUAUUCUGAUGAUCCAGUUUCAAUCAACAUCGUUAAUUAAUUGUUCGUCAACCAAAUCACCAAUCAUCUUUCCCUCUCUUGCAAUAUAAAAAAAAGAAAUCAAAUAAAUGGUCAACUCAUUUUUUUUUCUUCUCAUAAACAUCAUCUCUGUUUUACUUUCUCUUUGUUGCCUCCAGUUAAUUAUUUCCUUUUCCUAACAAUCAACAAUUUGAUUGUCUCUCUUUUCCUCUCUGUGCCCUCUAUUACCACCUUGAUUCUUUUAUAAAUAUUUGAUUUGUUUUCGUUUGUAGAUUAAUUUACAUUCUGGAGAAUCCAAACCAACAACAACCGACGAGUUUAACCACAACAACCACCGGGUUUUUCGGCUUUGUGCUUAUCAUCCUUUUCUUAUUUUCUCUUCGUCUUCAUCACCGACAUCAUCCAUUUUUGUUUAGCUUUAUUAUCCUUCUUCACCUUUCCUAUUACCUGUACAAUCCACCACCAACUCGAUACAAUCCCUCACAAAAUUCAUCUUCAAACAUUUCUGUUAAUCACCAUCAUCAUCAUGCAUUCAACUGAUCUCUUAAGAGCUGAGGUUAUCUCUUUGUUUGAAGAUAAUCCAUCAAAGAAGCUUCCAUUUGUUACUUUUCAGUAUUUUUUUGAGAAAAAUUUCCACCGAUCGUUAACUCGAGCCGAUUUACGCCGUUUACGUGACACCAUUGAACUGGUACCCGAUUCCUAUGGUAGCAGUAGCACAAGUAACAACAAUGCCAGUGGAGUUAAUGUAAACACAACCAAUGGCGGUAAUUCAAUUAAUUGUGCCAAUUUAGGUGGUAAAUAUAUAACCCUUAGUGGUAAAUAUAAAGCUACUUUAAGUUUACCUUCAACAAUCAAUAGGAGAGAGAAAAUUUUACCCUUUUGUUCAAUUCAUCAACCUGAGAUGAUUAAGGGUCCGAAUGGUAAAUCACCGCCAUUGUCUUCAUUAUCCUCCUCAUCAUCUGCUAAUCACAGUCAUCAUGGUUCAAAGGCAACAGUAAUCACAUUAAAUGGCUACUCAAUGAUCAAUGGUUUCGGCGAUGGUUGGACCGAUGAAGAGCCAAUACUUUGUUUACCUUUAGUCAAUAUUUCGUUGAAAAAAUUGGGCCCCCGAAUGCACGCUCUCCUUGAUUCACAUUCAGGUUGCUUACCAUUAGCGAGUCUAUUAACCUGUUAUUUUCACCAAUUCAAAGAAACAUUUAAUACCAGUGACGGUUCUCUGGUACCUUUGGAGCAUUUGAUUACCUGUUUACCCGGUAUCGAAAUAGCCAUAGAUCAAGAAGUCUCCUUCAAACGGGUCACUUGGGCUUCAAGUAAAUCGACAAUCGCCUCUUCCUCUGCUUCCUCUUCCUCUUCCACAUCCUAUUCCACUAAUCAACCCCAACAAUCAAUUCUAUCUGGUUCAUCUUCAAACUAUUCGGACGUAUCAUCAUACAAUUCAAUGAUGUCAAGUGGAAACAUUAGCAAUCAUCAUAACGAUUCUAAUGCUUACAACAAUCAAAGUAACAAGGGAACAACGUUGUCAUCAUCAACAGGAACCUCCUCCUCAUCAUCAUCAACCGUUAAUGAUACAAUUGCUCGUCAAAUGGCACAAUUUAGUCGAGAAGUUCGUGAUCUAUUGAAAAGUCAACCUCGUUGUUUAAUACCUUUCUCUAAAUUUGUUCCUGCUUAUCAUAACCACUUUGGUAGACAAUGUUGUGUAUAUCAGUAUGGGUACACAAAAUUAAUUGAACUUUUGGAAGCGAUUCCUCAUGUGGUUCAGAUUUUGGGUGAAGGUUCAAAGAAGAUGUUGACACUUACACAUCGGGAACAAACUAAAAGAUUUGCCUCCGAUUUAAUAAGAGUUUUGAAAGCUCAACCAGCGAAACGAUUAACUCUCGGUGAACUUGCGACAAAAUAUGAAAAAGUUUUGGAGAAAACUUUUUCCAUUGAAAAUUAUGGUGUUUGCGAGGUUACUGAUAUUCUCGUUGAUGUUUGGGAAGGAACUGUGGUAAUAAUCAAGCCUGAAGAUAAUAACGAUCCAAAUGAGAUUGUCCUAGAAAUACCCAGAAAGGAGAGGACACAAGAAGAAAUCGAUCGAACUAAAUAUUUAAUUCGAGAUAUCGUUGAACUGUUCCAAUCAACUCCAACUCUUUCAAUGCCUUUCUCUAAAUUCAUACCCACUUACCAUCACUACUUUAAUAGACAAUGUCGUGUAGCUGAUUAUGGUUUUACCAAAUUAAUUGAACUCUUUGAAUCUCUUUCGCCUGAAGUUGUUGAAUUGGAGGAUAAUAUGACUGGCGAUGAGAAGAUAAUCAAGUUGAGCCACGAAUAUCGAGUUAAAACAAUUGAAGGUCGUCUGGUUUCCCUGAUCAAAAGUGUUUCUAAUUGUAUUACUCCUGAUUGUUUACAUGAUCUCUUUAAACAUGAAUACGGUCACCCGAUUCAUUUUCGAGCUUAUGGUGUUGAGAAUAUGAUUCAAUUGAUUAGAAAUUUGAAUGAUACACUUAAACUUGUUCGAUCGGAUGAAGAUCGUUAUUACGUCUCUUUAGUUGAUCGACGUUGGAAUCGUGCCUUUGCCCACCGAAUUGUUAUUUUACUUAUGGAAAAAUUAACUGGAUCAAUGAGCUUCAAUGAGUUAUCUCAGGGGUACAAUCAACGAUUUGGACAACAUUUAGAUUGUUCUACUUUAACCAACCAGUCCGAUUUAAAUGAAUUCAUCGAUAUCGACAAGGAGAUGCAACGUGUUAGUUUAAACGAUUACCAUUUAUUUGCUCGUGAUUGUGUUCUAGCAAUUCAAUCAUCGCACGCUGGUCAAGUUACUCUGAAUGAAUUGGCAGAGAUACUGAGGAUCAACUCAUCUUAUCCUGAUGCCUCUAAAUUUGGUUUCAAAUCAUUUAGAGCUUUAAUUCAUUCGUUAUCUGAUUAUAUUACGAUAACCAAAAGAUCGGACGGUAUUCGUGUUUCCUUUUUGUUAACGUUGAAUCGUCAUUUCUGGGAUAGAAAGUUAAUCCUUUCUCGAAGUGAAUCACCUACAAAUCUACUAAAACGUCCGCAAUCAGCUGCUUCAGCUUCAUCUUCCUGUUCCGUUUCCUCAGCAUCUUCCUCGUUAUCUCAUUGUCUCGAUGUUCAAGUUGACACUCCACCCUUAUCUUCAUCACCGAUUUCAAGUAUAACUUUAUCACCUCAAUCAUCAACAGACAGUCGAAUGACCCAAUCAUCUUCAAGUUCAAUAGCUGAUUGUAGUGAAAUAAUCGAUAUCCUCAGUGAAUCAGUUCCUUCUCACCUCCCGAUGCCAACAAUUUUACCGAUUAAACGUGCACCCGAUUUAAUCUCAUUCGAUUCUCCAACCUCAGAUACCAGUGAAUCAAUGGAAACCUUUGUUGUCCCUUCGGACAAUCAACAAUCUCCAGAUCACCAUUACCACUCCACCAGCUCUCUUAGCAACACUGCCACCCCGCUAUCAACGGGCAAUUGUCCACAACCACCAAUUGAUUGGUUAAAAUCAUUCGAUAAUCAAGAAGAUGGUAAAAGCAAAAGUGAUUCUUCUCGUAAAGUUAAACCUCGUCGGAUUGCUGCUAAUUUUACUUCCAAUAAUCAAGCAACAGUUUGCUGAUUAAUCUCGCCAAUUAACAAUCAGAACACUUAAUCUACUUUCUCUUUCUAUUUACCUCUCAUGUCUUUCAUUUGUCCCUUGAUCUUUACUGUUUUCUCACCUCUCGAUCAUAUCAAUUUACCUAAUUGUUCAAAUGUCUGUUUGAAAUAUUGAAACAAAUCAAUGCUCGAUUCCAAUGAAAAUGUUUAUAAACAAUAUUUACCAAAUCAAUAAACUUCCAAGGGUAUUUGUUAUUUAAAUAA